CGGAACGGGGAGAGCGCGGCGUGAGAAGGGGACAGCGGCUCAUCCCGCCUUGUCCCGGCUGUUCCUCAGGGAUCUGAGGCUGGAACCGCCAGGAAUUAUUCCUAAAAGGCUUUUUUCUGGCUGCUCUGCGCAGCUGGGGGGGUGUUUUCAAGAGGAAUGCAAAGAGAUCUCCUUGUCCUGAGCUGCUGUGGCCAAAGCCUGGCGCAGCUCCCGGGAGUGCUGAGGCUGUGAGGAAGAUCCUGGUGCUGAGGAAGGUUCUGGUGCUGAGGAAGAUCCUGGUGCUGAGGAAGGUCCUGCACUGAGGAAGAGCCUGGUGCUGAGGAAGGUCCUGGUGCUGAGGAAGGUCCUGGUGCUGAGGAAAUCCUGGCAUUGAGGAAGAUCCUGGUACUGAGGAAGGUCCUGGCACUGAGGAAGAUCCUGGUGCUGAGGAAGAUCCUGGUAUUGAGGAAGGUCCUGCACUGAGGAAGGUCCUGCACUGAGGAAGGUCCUGGUGCUGAGGAAGGUCCUGGUGCUGAGGAAGAUCCCGGUACUGAGGAAGGUCCUGCACUGAGGAAGAUCUUGGUACUGAGAAAGGUCCUGCACUGAGGAAGGUCCUGGUGCUGAGGAAGAUCCUGGUACUGAAGAAGGUCGUGGCACUGAGGAAGAUCUUGGCCCUGCCAGGGCUGCUGGAGGAAGGCUGGAGCUGGAGGACGUGGCUGAGCCCAGGGAGGAUGAGGAGGGCCAGGGCCUGGCAGGCACCACCAGCCCGGGCAGCGUGGAGGACACGUAUGAGCUGCUGGAGAGGCUGGGCAGCGGCCACUUCGGCGUGGUCAGGCUGUGCCGGCAGCGCAGCACCGGCGCUUUCUACGCCGCCAAGCUCCUGAGGAUGCGGCGGGGCCGAACGGGGCUGGAGCGGGCUCAGGUGCAGCGGGAGGUCUCCAUCCUCCGGCAGCUCCAGCACCCCAACAUCCUGCGGCUCCACGAGCUCUUCAGCAGCGCGGCAGAGGUGGUGCUCGUCCUGGAGCUGAUCAGGGGUGGGGAGCUCUUUGACUUCAUUGCUGAGAAGGAGAUGCUGUCGGAGGAGGAGGCCAUCGAGUUCCUGGCGCAGAUCCUGAGCGGGGUGGAAUAUCUGCACGCCCGCCUCAUCGCUCACUUCGACCUCAAGCCCGAGAACAUCAUGCUGCAGGACAAGGACGUCCCCAAGCCCCGGAUCAAGAUCAUCGACUUCGGGCUGGCCCAGCAGCUGCAGGAUGGCAUCACCUACAGGAGCCUCUGUGGGACCCCCCAGUACAUUGCUCCUGAAGUGAUCAAUUAUGAACCACUGAGCCCUGCGACCGACAUGUGGAGCAUCGGAGUCAUCACCUACAUUCUGCUCAGUGGCCUGUCCCCCUUCCAGGGUGAGACGGAUGCUGAGACGCUGUCCAACGUCGUGGCGGGCGCCUACGAGUUUGAGGAGCGCUGCUUCAGCCAGACCUCCGAGCUGGCCAAGGACUUCAUCCGCCAGCUGCUGCUGAAGGAGCCACAGCGCCGCAUGAGCGCAGCCGAGUGCCUGGUGCACCCCUGGAUCAAGCCCCUGAGCAGGAAGCAGGCGCUGAGCCGCAGCCGCUCCUCCAUCAACAUGAGAAACUUCCGCAAGUUCAACGCCCGCAGGAAGUGGAAGCUCUCCUACAACACCGUGUCCGCCUGCAACCGCCUGUGCCGCCUGGGGAGGGAGGAUGAGGAGCUGCGCCGCUGUGAGAGCGACCCCGAGGAGGAGAGGAGCCCCCAGACCGCUCUGCUGCGCCGGAGGAGAAGCAGCUGCUCCUGAGCUCCUCCAAAAAAAGGCAGGAGGAGCCUUGGGGUGCCCGCAUCGCCCCAUGCAAAGGGGCAGAGGCACUGCCAGCUCCAGUUCUGUGGUGUUGGGGGGGUCAACUGGGGCAUCAGCACCCUGCUCCUGCCCUCCUCCCUGCUUUGUCCUAAUGAGAAAAAUAAAUGCCACCUCCUCCUCCUC